UUCAUCGGUUACCACUCUUUCCAUUCUCCCUAUAGGCGUAGGUUUGUUUGUAAAUAUACUAAGUUUAUAAACAAUGGGAAAGGAAACCCCUCUUCAACUCUAAAAGCUCCUAUACUUCUCACUCUCUGGCACUCCAUGAAUGAACUUCACCACUCUCUUUCUCUUUUGUAAUCACUUUGUCCCCCCCUCAUUCUCUUUGUUUCUUCAUCUCCGAGACAACGAAACAAACUCUCUUUUCCGUGAAAACUCUGAUCAGAAAUGGAGAAAAAGCAAGGUUUCUUCUCUGCUCUUAAACAAGAAGUAGUUAGGGGGCUUUCCCCUUCGCGCUCGAGGUCCAGCAGCCCUGCGAGAGCCCGUUCACCCUUUGCCACCCUACUGCGGAGGAAGAAAAACAACCACAACAACUACGAUGGCGCUUACGUGGCGCAACCGGAGUCCUUAAUCGUGAGAUCCGGGAGUCUAAGGCCUGUCGGGGAAGCGUUAGCGCCGCUCAUGGAAGGUCCGGAUCCGGAUGGAGGCGAAGUCGGGGAUUCGAAGCGGGUUGGGUCGGGGCUAGGACAAUGGGUUAAAGGUCAGUUGUCGAGGACCCCAUCGGUUGCCUCGAUGAGUUAUAGAAGGUCUGAUCUGAGGCUUUUGCUUGGUGUCAUGGGUGCUCCUUUGGCUCCCGUUCAUGUUAGCUCCACUGACCCUCUGCCGCUUUUGAGCAUCAAAGACACUCCCAUUGAAACUUCCUCUGCUCAGUACAUAUUGCAGCAGUACACAGCUGCUUCCGGUGGGCAGAAGCUGCAAAACUCCAUUCGGAAUGCGUAUGCAAUGGGAAAGUUAAAAAUGGUAGCUUGUGAAUAUGAAACCCCCACGACUACUGUUAAGAACCGAAAUGUCUCUAAAUGUGCAGAGUCUGGUGGGUUUGUACUCUGGCAAAUGAAUCCAGACAUGUGGUAUGUUGAACUUGCGGUUGGGGGCAGCAAGGUUCAUGCUGGCUGUAAUGGGAAGCUUGUUUGGAGGCACACACCUUGGCUUGGAGCGCACACUGCCAAGGGGCCUGUUAGACCCUUGCGUCGUGCACUUCAGGGUCUUGAUCCUAGAACUACAGCUAGUAUGUUUGCUGAUGCAAGAUGCAUAGGAGAGAAAAAGAUAAAUGGUGAGGAUUGCUUCAUUCUCAAGCUAUGUACUGAUCCUCAGACACUGAAGGCAAGAAGUGAGGGCCCUGCAGAGAUCAUCAGGCAUGUUCUAUUUGGUUACUUUAGUCAAAAGACUGGGCUUCUUGUUCAAAUGGAAGAUUCACAUCUGACUCGCAUCCAAUCUAAUGGUGGUGACGCUGUUUAUUGGGAAACGACAAUCAAUUCGUUUCUUGAAGAUUACCGGUCUGUUGAAGGUAUAAUGAUAGCACACUCUGGGCGUUCUGUUGUUACACUUUUCAGGUUUGGAGAAGUUGCAAUGAGCCACACGAAAACAAAGAUGGAAGAAGCAUGGACGAUUGAAGAGGUUGCAUUUAACGUACCAGGCCUUUCUGUUGAUUGUUUUAUCCCCCCAGGUGAUUUGAGAUCCGGAUCCAUCAGUGAAACCAGUGAACUCUCUCAGGAUGAAAGAGGAAAAAGUGCAAUUGCAUUAGCCGCACACCGUGCCAAAGUUGCUGCCCUACAAAAGGCACAAGAUGGCAAUGCUGACAGCAUGAUUUGGAGGAUGGAAGCCUGAUGGAGUGCAUGGCAAUUGUUCAUAUUGGUAGCUAGUGCAGACUGGUUGACUAACCCAUUAGAUGUUACAAGGUAGAAGUCAUUUUUUUGGACUUUGGUUUAUAUGCCUCUAUUAAUCUGUAAAUAGAGUAUAAUCAUUCUCGGGUUCGAACUUCCAAUGGACCUGCAUGAAUCUUUAUAUACUCUUAAAGCAGAAUCCAACUAUGGAGUUGGAGCUUGGUUUUCCAGUUAGGGAUAGAGCUAAUGGAGGUUUGAUUUUUAGGUUACCUUCCUCGCUUCAUGGUAGAUGGUAAAGCACUCCCAUUAACCUUUCUAUAGUUUUACUAACUCUAAUGAUUGAUGAAUAUAAUGUGGUGCAGCAUAAAGGGUACUGCUGCUGAUUAGCAUGAGUUUGAGAGCAAAUGUCCAGUUUUUACUUUUUAAUGUUACUGUUUCUUGAUCUGUGAUUCCUUUUGCGAUGGGUUUGACCAGAAGGCUAUUUUGGGGGUUUAGGAAUGGAAAGAGAUUUUGAUGUUGAUGUGGGUGAUAAAAAGGUAUGGUAAAUGAGAUAUUAGCUGGAACUAACUAUUUUUCUUACCAUAUGUAAUCAAUGAUCUGAGUUGGGGUUGGAUGUGUGAUUUCAUUUGUCCAUCGCUGCUGAAUGCUAAAUGUAUAGGCGGAAAGAUCAUGUUCUUCUGAAUAAUGUUAUACCAUCAUCAUCUUUGAAUGAAGCGUUGACUGUUCCUUUAUUUGAA